AUGGCAGCUCUGAUGAUCUUAAUCGUGUCAAUGGUGGCUCUGGCUGGCGCCGAUUCUGCCGUAGACCCACACUUCACUCCACGCCCAGCCUACGUCAAUGCUAACAAAGCUCCAGUAGACCCUGUACCCAGCGCUGCCACGAUCCUGUCGAUCCCAGUGAGCGUCGUGGCUACCAGCGACGAUCCCGCUGACGACGCCAAGUCUGCUGCUGGUGUCAUGAACAAAAUCGUGGCUAAAGUUGUUGAAAAAGUCAUCGAUGUUGUAACUGAUGUCAGAGAAAAGGUUGCUGAUGCAGUUUCAGAUUUUGUCGACGAUGCUAAGGCCGGAAGCAGCUCAAGAGACCAUGAUGACGUCGUUUUUAAAAACAAUGACAACAGCAACGAGACCAAAACGGACGACAGCGAAGAAACAGAUACACUUAAUGACAACAGCGAUGAAUUAGAUGACGGAGACAGCGCAGAGAAGAGCAAGUCAUCCACUAAUGAUAAUUCUAAAGAUGACGACAAGAAGAUAAAAGAUGAUGGUAAUUCUAAAGAUGACGACAAGAAAAUAAACGAGGAUGAUAAUUCUAAAGAUGACGACAAGAAAAUAAACGAUGAUAAUUCUGAAGAUGACGACAAGAAAAUAAACAAUUAUGAUAAUUCUAAAGAUGACGACAAGAACAUAAACGAUGAUGAUAAUUCUAAAGAUGCCGACAAGAAAAUAAACGAUAAUGGUAAUGAUUCUAAAAACAGAGAAAAGUCAUCGACAGAAGUCGGAGACAAACAAAAAGAUAACAGUAAAGAGAGAAUUACUGGCAAAAAUAAAGUACAUGAAAGAGAUGAUAGCGGCGAGCGUCGUAGACAGGAUAAGAAAGAUGACAAUAAUACCAGCAAUGAUAAAAACAAAGACGAGGAGUCAAGUGAGAAGGCGGAUGGUAAAAGUGUCUGGUCAUUUUUGAAAGAUCUCACGGGAGACAUUGAAAACGAGUCUGCGGAUGACGACACUAAAGUACGUCAUUACUUGACCCGUAUUUCCAAGUUCAGAGGUUACAUGGACGCCAUGGAUUCCAACUUCGCUGUGUCACUGGCCAAACAGUCAGGCACCUGCCCAGUGUACCCCAUACAAGUCGGUAAUAACAGAGUGACCAUCACAACAGAAAAUGGCUGCAAAAUAAUUAUCAAGUUGAAAGGUCUCACGGUGGACAAGAUUGAGGACGGGCAUGAAGAGAAGAAGAGAGCGCACAAAAGAUCUAUCCUGGUAUCCUACUCAGACAACUGA